AUGGCUUCAACAGACGCCUGCUACGGCUUCGUUUCGGACUUGUUCAAUCCAACCCAGAACGUGGGGAUCAUGUCGGGCUGCUCACAAAGCGAUUGGGUCUCACCCACUCUUUCUUUCAACAAUUUUACCUACAAUUGCUCGUAUCCGACCCCGCAUUUGGCCCAAGGAAAUCUUACUCCUUCAUAUCACACCCAACUGCUUCAGACUCCAGGAUCAUCUCCCUUUCAACCUCUCGCCCAAAAUGUACCGCUCAGAAGCAGCCCCAACGCUUUUCAGAGUGACGUAGAAAGCAUCGGAUGGGCUGAAAAUCCCUUGCGUAUCAAACAUGAAGCGAUUGAGGACGCUGCUCUUGAGAUCUCUCCUACUUUGCCGUCUAGACCUGAAACCCCAUAUUUCCCGCAUUUUCCAGCGUCCUCCACCCCGAAACAGAAUCUUGCUCCCAAUCGAUGCUGGCCCAUUUCUGCUUCACCGGCUUCCCAUGUUCCGACCGCUGUUCAACAGCCCAUGGGCCCACCUAAGCGAUUUCGCGACAUUGAGGAGUCUACAAAUCUUGGGCCGAAAAGACAAAGACGAGCCGAUUCAGUCAUGGCCAAUGUAGAGCUCAAUGAGGAAGAAAGGUUACUCCUAAGACUGAAGGACGAGGAAUGUCUUCCAUGGAAAGACAUUGCGAUCCGGUUUCACAUGGAGCUAGGGAAGGUGUUUCAAGUGCCCGCCCUUCAGAUGCGAUACAAGAGACUUCGUGAGAAGCUUCGAAUCUGGAAUGAUACCGACGUCCAAGCACUCCAACAAGCUCACGACUACUGGGAGAAGUGCAAAUUCGACAUAAUCGCCUCAAAGAUGCUUGAAUUCGGUGCCUCAGAGAAAUGGCCAGCAAAAUCUUGUGCAAGAAAAUGGGAAGAAUUGCAUCCAGAACAGAAAGAAACGCUAGAGAGACCGGGCAACAGUCAGCCAAAAUUGCUAGAUGUUGCAUAUGACGACUCCGCAGUAUCAUUCUAA